GGCAGUUUUAUCAAUCUACAUAUGAGGGAAAAUUUUUUUAAAAACAUAGCCAGAAAUAGGAUUCUCAUAAAUGUAUGAGCAAGCAGAAACCCAACAAGUGAGAAAUAUUAAUAGAACAAUUAAAAAGUUAACAUCUGAUUGGACCCUUGACCUGUUUCAGGAGAUGAAGAUUCAACACAGAGUUUGGGGAAGAUCCACACCAAGAUAAAAGCACCAAGCUUUACUAGAGGAGGAUAUUAGGCAAUUUGAUUCACGGUUAAGAUACAUGCAUGCUCACUCAUGUGAACCCAACCGUGGACACAUCAUCCUCCACAGAUCUGUGGUUGUCUUCAGUCUCAAUGAAUACCUUCUUGAGAAUAGUUUUCCAAAACAAUAAGCCAUUCUGUAGCCACAGCUACUUGUUUGUGUUAACGCAUUUGCGAUAAAUGAACGAGUGAAAGUGAUUUAUGACAUUCCGUUAAGAAAGCGCUAAGGAACAACCAAUUUUUUUUGAACUCUCGAUUUUUUUUAAAACUUAGAAUACAACGCCAAAUUGCAGAGGAAAUUUUCUUCACAAAUUUUAUUCUAGUUGAAUCCUGCUUCACAUAUUUAAAAUUUUCUUCUGCAAGAUUUUGCAAUGAUUUAAGUUGGAGCUGAAAACAUUACAAGAAAUGUGGCUGAGUGACUUCCCAUUUUUUGUUUCGGUAUGAAACGAAUUGCGAAAAAUUCUUUUUUUGUGGAGGAGAGUGUGGUGACGUGAAUGAAUAUUAUUGUAGUGCAUUUCGGUUAACAAACAUUGGAUAUUACAUGGAAAACAGUGCUCAAGAAAUUUUCCGGUUCAACAAUGCUUACUACUGCUGAGAAGCUACUUCUCGUCAAAAUCUUCCAGGUUGUGAUUUCUACAAGGGUUGGGGCACUAUCUGAUGACUACAAACUUGAAGUGCCUAACAUCAACAUUCGAUUUUGGCAAGCACCGCUCCGAGAGUCUGUUUACCAAAGCAUCGCGCGGCAUCGGGUCUACCGUGGUGAGAAUCUUGAUGAGCGGCAAGAGUAUGACCGCAUGUUAUGGGGUAAGAUUCGCGUUGCACGCUUUAUGAAACGCCUUGAUGUUGGAGAAGCUAGCGAAGGACUGCGUACUGGAGUACUGGUCCAUGGAAAGCGAGGCGACUUUGAGUUUCGACAGACUGACCACUCGAUUUAUGAUUGUGUUGGGCGAAAAUGUCGCUCUGACAAUGUAUUGCUGGCAGUCUGGCGGGUACAGCAAAUGAACGAACCAUAUACUCUCUACAUCAGCGUCAAGGUACCUAAUUACCUGUACCACUUUGAGCCCACAGAGGAUAUAUACCUUUACACUGUUGAGAAAGGCCUGAAACGACUCAGAUAUCAACAAUAUAGCUCUAAGAGGUUGACAGGCAAACUUAUUUAUGACCCAUAUCCAUUCGUUUCAUCCCGAUUUACAACAUACUCAACCGCAAGUUAUCCAACUGCUACACCCACCACUGCUUUAGAGGUCACAGCUACAAAUAGUAUUCCUGAGGCCACAGAGACUGGGGACACUUACAGUGCAGAUCGCGACUUCAGUCAACCAAAUUUGGGCAGUGAUACCAGCAAUUCACCUAUCAAAGCGAAUGAUGAUUUCACACUCCAAUACUACCAAAAACCUGAACUUACUACUAAUGCUCCCCUAUCGACAGAACUUGAGCAAACAAACUUGGCUGAUAACAUGAAAGGUAGCGGAAUCAGGCGAACAUUUGAUACUUUUUUGGAUACAAAUCCUUAUUGGCAACUUGAUCUGCUCUCGCCACCUAGCCAAUACAGAAAUUUUUCAGAUGAGAGAAAAAAAGUCUACAAAAACAACUAUGACACUUUCCGAGACUCAAUUUUUACCGUUAACCAGCCUAAAGAAAUUCUGAUAACUCCUAAGCCAUUCAAACCAUCCCAGCAAAUUUUUACGUAUUCAGAGCCAGACCCUCUCUUUUCGAAUGUGGAGAAUGAAAAACCUCAAUACACAACUGAGAGGCCUGUUGUCAUUUUGAAUCCUACAGAGGCUCAGAAGGAUGUUCAAAAAGAUUAUGUAAAUCCUCUUCCUGAAGUUUUGUCAGAGGUGAAAGAUGUUCAUAUAAGCCCGGCAAAAAUUGAAUUGGAAUUGCCCAAGUUAAAAAGUCCUGAAAUCCUAAGUAAAAAACCUCAGAGGAAAGUAACGACAAGAAGAGGAAGUUCAAAUUUUAAAACAAUGUCACAGCUCAAAAAAAGGACCCGUGUUCGAAGCAAUAAAUAUAAACAAGAUAAAAUUUUAAGUGUGAGGAAACUUGAGGAUCAAAAAUCACCAGAACCUACAAUUAGUGACAGAUUGGGUCUGAAGGACCAGUACCUCAGCCCAACCACUUACCAUCCAAAACUAAAUUUUCUGAUCCCAUCAGAGUCCAGACAAUUUUACACUCAUUUACUGCCUGCCAAAGAGGAAACUGCCUUAGAGAGAGAUGAACUGCAGCCAUGCAAUAUUGAAAAAGCCACAAAAAAUUCCCUUAAACCCAAAAUUGGAAAAAUUAGAAAAAGGCAAGAGGAUGGGGGAUAUUUUGCAAAUGGGCAGUCCGAGUACAGUGAAGGUGCGACAGAUCACUCAUACGAAUACCAAACGACUGUGGGCGAGUACGCUGACUAUGAAAAAUGGGACGAGAGUUUCCACAGCAGUAGUCCUUCAACAGACUUUCAAGCAGAAAAUACUGACUAUUUCAAUGAAACACAAGAACUGCAAGAAUUUUACUCCACGGGAGGUUAUGAGGGGUCCGAGUAUGCAACAUUUGGAGAUUACACAGAGGCAGCUACCGAUCAUCCAUGGACUGAGCAGGUCAUGACAGAAUUACCGCUUGAAGGAAGAGCAAAUAGGCGAUUGGAGAGUGACCAGGAGACAAAGAUAAAAGCGAAUUCAACGGACAACAACUCAGAUCGCUUGAGCGGCAAUGGAACAGAGCCCAAAACUGAAGCAUUCAACGAGGAUUCUACUGAGAAAUUUACUAAUUUUACUGAAGAUAAAAUUGUGACGAAUGGAACACUUGAUGAGGAAAUUGAGCAAUUCUCUCCUGUGACACAAAAAAUGGUAACAGCAGCAAAAUCUGAUGAGACUGAAAUGGAAAAGGAAGAAGGAGAAAAAGAGAGAAAAGAAGAUGUGUUGGAGAAUAGGGAAACAUUUCUAGGAGUUGGUAAAAACUCUAGAGUUUCAAUUAUUGAGAGCAGAUUAACUAAAUCAGUUACAGAAAAGAGGCAAAAUGGGACGAUGGAAGUGCGAAAAAGAAAUGCACCCAUUUACAGAAAAAAAAUACUCAUAAAAAAACUUCAGGAUCUCAAAUCAGAUAAGGACAGAAAUUCCAAGUGAAACAUUUCAGGGUGUAUUCUGAGAUUUUUUUGGAAAAGUAGAAUACUUAUUAAACACUACUUUUUGCUACUGGCAAAACCAAAGAGCUCACUAUUCAGCAAAAAGCUAGAUGCUUUCUUAAGUGCAUCACCACAACCAUUUUCUACUGGUUCUUUAACUUCAAGCAUUCUUUCAAGAGAAUAGUAGAAUAUAUAACUUGCCAAAUCGGAUAAGUUCAAAAUGCUGUAACUGAAUGUGUACAAAGGGAAAAUAAAAACUCCGAAACUUUUGUGCAAUAUAAUGUGAUCUGUGUACUCUUUAAAUACUUCUGAACUUAAGUAAAAAAAUAAAUACUUUUUUCAGACA